UACCCUUUAGCCACUGCAAACUUACCAUUCAGUUUUACGAAGCAUCUGCAGCUCAAGACAGAAAGUUGGAAGGAUCGGUCCAUAAGGCCAUCCAAGAGGGAGCAUUGAUCCACUGAUCCUUGCUAUGUUGAAGGUUAUCAUUACCUGACCCAACUGAUGGAAGGAUCACCCUGCAUCUAAAGCAGGUCUGUCAUAUGGCAUCCUCACGUUCUGUGUCUGGAUCAUCAGCAUCUUCUGGACUAUUGCCCCCUGUGGGUUCAGUUUCAGGUUAUAGUACAGUCCAUCCUGGACAAAAGAACAACUUGCGAAACUCAUCAUCGCUUCAAGAUUUCUCAACGUUCCGUGGACUUGAUCCAGAAGAAAAUGAUCUUGAUCUUAUACUAAACAGGACUGCAUCCCGUGCAAAAGUGCCUCAUCCCUUACAGAGAGAGAAGGCUGGAGCAAGUUUCUCAAAGGAGAAAAACUUGCCAGGAAUACCAUUUUUAUGGAAGAAAUGGGUUCGAAGAAUCAUGGCACUCAUUUGCUUACUAAUCUUAUUUUUCUUGAUCUACUUGUGUGCAAAAUAUUUAAGUACUUAUUGGUCUCAAGAAGCAUCAAAAUUUUAUGUGGUACUUGAUUGUGGAAGUACGGGAACUCGUGUUUAUGUAUAUAAAUCAUCUAUUGAUCACAAAAAAGAUGGCAGUCUUCCUAUUAUCUUGAGAUCAUUACCAGAAGGGACUGAAAGAAAAUCUAUUGCACGGUCUGGGCGUGCUUAUCUUCGAAUGGAAACUGAGCCUGGGUUUGACAAACUCGUGCAAAAUACAUCUGGGUUGAAGGCAGUGAUGAAACCUCUCCUUCAGUGGGCAGAGGAGAAAAUCCCCAAGCAAUCUCAUAAGAGUACCUCACUCUUCCUUUUUGCCACAGCUGGGGUUCGUAGACUUCCAAGUAAUGAUUCCACAUGGCUUCUUGAUAAUGCUUGGUCAAUAUUGAGGAAUUCUUCAUUUUCGUGCCGUAGGGACUGGGUUAGGGUUAUCUCAGGCAUGGAGGAAGCUUAUUAUGGAUGGAUAGCUCUUAAUUAUCACAUGGGUAUGCUGGGUUCAGAACCAGCAAAAGCGACAUUUGGUGCACUUGAUUUGGGUGGUUCAUCAUUGCAGGUUACUUUUGAGACCGAGGAACAGGUAAAAGGUGAGACUGGUUUAAAGUUAAAUAUUGGAACCGUUAGUCAUCAGCUCAGUGCCUAUUCUUUGUCGGGUUAUGGUUUGAAUGAUGCCUUUGAUAAAUCUGUGGUGUAUCUUCUCAAGAAGCUUCCAGGAAUCAGUAAUGCUGAUCUAAUUAAUGGAAAGAUUGAACUUAAACAUCCAUGCUUGCAGAGUGGGUACAUGGAAAAGUAUAUCUGUUCUCAGUGUGCUUCACUAAACCAAGAAAGUGAGAGCCCUUUGAUGGUAGGAAGAAAUAUUGGUAAAAGAGGAAAACCUGGAAUAGCUGUCCGCCUUGUUGGUGCUCCACAGUGGGAAGAAUGCAGCAUGCUUGCAAAAGUGGCGGUUAAUUUGUCUGAAUGGUCAGAUUCAAAUCCAGGAAUUGAUUGUGAGCUGCAACCUUGUGCCCUGAGUGAUAGCUUACCUCGUCCCCAUGGGAAGUUUUAUGCGAUGUCUGGCUUCUAUGUGGUGUUUCGGUUUUUUAACUUGUCCUCAGAAGAUACACUUGAUGAUGUAUUGGAGAAUGGUCGGGAAUUCUGUGAAAAAACUUGGGAUGUUGCAAGGAAUAGUGUGGUACCACAGCCAUUUAUAGAACAAUACUGCUUUAGGGCACCUUAUAUUGUAUCGCUGUUGAGAGAGGGAUUACACUUAACAGAUAGCCAGGUGCUUAUUGGUUCUGGUAGUAUUACUUGGACACUUGGGGUUGCUCUUUUGGAAGCUGGGGGGUCGUUAUCAACUCGAAUGGCACUUCAGAGCUAUAGAAUACUCCAGAUGAAGAUGAGCCCAAUCCUUCUAAUUGUUCUGGUGAUUGUGUCGCUGGUACUUCUAGCCUGUGCCUUAUCAUGCACUGGCAAUUGGAUGCCAAGAUUUUUCCGUAAGCCCUAUCUCCCAUUAUUUAGGCAUAACAGUGCAACUGCGACCUCUGUUCGCAAUAUUUCUUCACCGUUCCGGUUCCAGCGCUGGAGUCCUAUCAAUACUGGAGAUGGGAGGGUAAAGAUGCCACUGAGUCCUACCAUUGCUCAUUCUCAGCAAAAACCGUUCAGUAUGGACCACAGUUUGGGAGAGCACAGCAUUCAGCUCAUUGAGUAUUCAUUACAUCCGACAACCAGUAGUGUCUCACAUAGUUACUCCUCUGGUAGCUUGGGGCAGAUGCAGUCUGAUAAUGGUGGGGUGGGUUCCUUCUGGGCCCCUCACAGAAGUCAGAUGCGUCUUCAAAGCCGGAGAUCACAGUCCAGAGAAGACCUCAAUUCUUCACUGGCUGAGUCACACAUAGCGAAGGUCUAGAACAUGCUCCCUGAGAAACUGGGGUACGAGGACUUGUUUCUUUUCAAAUUUGUAUUUAAGUAUAGAGUAGGAGUUCAUGGUUCUCCAUGUAAACAUUUUUCCUUGCCUAUUCGAAUCAAUCAUUCUUUUUGUAUCAUAGAGAGCCAACAAUAGCUUUGUAGUAGAUUGACAUAAAUAAUAUAACUUUUUGGCCAUA